AUGAAGGCCAACGGUGCCAGCACGUCAGAGGAGAGAGUGGGGCAGCGUAGAUGGAUCGCCGAUCAUUUGUGGAGCGACACCCCUCAUGGCGCCGUGCACCGCGCAGUGGAGGCGCAGCCCCAGCCGGUGUGGCUACAGCUGUGGCAUCAAGCUUUGGCGGACGGUGUACUGCGGCAGGGCCCAUCCUGCGCCGUGGCGGAUACAUCGGAGCUGGAAGCAAGCUCGAAGGGAAAGGAGCGUGCCAUUAUUGUGGCUGCCUUUGUACUCAGCAUCCCAUACCUUGAAUGCCCAUGCACCAGAGAAGCAGGGGUCGUGGAGAGCGACGCGAAAGCGGCAAUGCGGCGCUACGUGUGUGUGUCGCUCGGAUCAGGCUCCCGCUGCCUUGCCGCGCACGAUGCACCCCCGUCUGAUACAAGCGAGGAGGUGAGACGACUCCUUGAACUACGUGACGGCCAUGCCGAGGUGAUGGCGCGUCGUGGCUUCAUUGCGUUUCUGAUUGGUUUAGCAGAAGCGAGUGCACGCUGCAGUGACUGCGCGUACGCCGACCUCUUCCUACGCAGACGCAGCGGCGACUGCGAUGCCGCCCCGGGGGUCGGCGCUUCGGGCUCCCCGCAGUGGGAGCUGCGAGAGACGGCUGCAGUGCACCUCGUAUGCACUCGAUGGAUGUGCGGCUCGCUGGCUGCCGUGGCGGGAGGCUCAGGCCGUAGCGGACACCUCCUAUUGCGCGCUGCCUGUGGCUGCUGGAUCGGCCCCACCGUGCAAUCGGAGGUUUCAGCAAAAGAGGCGGAUCGUGUGUCUUCCACAGUCACGCAUGCUGGCAGACACACUUUUGCUGCUCACUACUCGCCGCUCAACGGGGCUGCACCGCUCUUGCACGCUGCGCGUGUGAAGCCCGGCAAAGGACGUGCAAACCUCUCGAUGUCUUGCACCGAUAAAGUGUGGCGGUGGUAUGCGCUGGGGGUGCAAGGCCGUCGCCGGGCCUCUAUCUUUCCUGUGCCAAUGCGGCUGUCCUCCAUUCAUGUUCUGCAUCCUCCAUUUAAGGAUUUGGGAGACAUGCAGGCAGCGGUGGAUAAUGCAGCGGUUACCUUCCACUGGCGAAGUCGUAGGUGGUGGCUCCGCAAGGACAGGGACGUGGCACUGCCACCGGCUCCGAAGUUCGCCUUCUUUAGCAGUGCCGUGUUUGCCGCUACAAGUCCGCUGGCAGCCGCAAGGUCACACGAUGCUGGUGUGUCCAUGGACAGCAACUACUCGCGUAGCCGGUGGCUUUGCGUCAGGUCUGGGGUGGCUAGCCGAAAACGUGGCCGUGACGAGGAGGCGGAGACACUGGCUUUAGGCAGCGCUACGUGCAGCUGGCAGUGCUUCCGAACUGGAGGAGACCAUGACUGCUCUCUCGUGCUGAACACGAAGGCUGGGCUGCCGCAGGGAAUGACAGGGCGCACGUUGGCGCGACGCUGCAGCACAUCGUCAGAGAUACCAUGGCAGCAGUGCCCCCUCUCCCGUCCGUGGAUGUAUCAUCGCGUAAGGCAGCUACAGGCGUCCCUCACAGAGAUUGCACUGCCUUCUCCCUCCAUGAAGGCGCGUGCAGCUCCGGCAUCGUACGCCACGGCUGAAACUGGCGAACGUGAUGCUCACACGAUCACUGGUGACGCAGAGGAUCUUUCCAUGAGCCAACUUGUGCAUCGCCAUCACCUGCAGCCACUGGGCACUGGUGACGACUCCAUACGGCUUCUCUGGGCAUCAUCAUCGCACAUGGAUUGCGCUGAUCGACGCCUGGACGCCACGGAGAACCUCAAAAGCUCGCCGUGA